AAAAUUCAUCAAAAAACCCUAGGCCUAGAACACCCCAAGGCGGGAAUAUAUUUUCACUCCCUCCUUCCUCACUUUUCUUCCCUCUCCUCUUUGUUUUGUCUCUCUCACACUACCAAAUCGACAUCGAGCUCCCUUUCCUUCCCUCUCCUCACCUCUCUGUUUCGUCUCUCUCUCACACAGUUCUCGUUCGAAGAUCGACGUCGAGCUCCCUUUGAUCAAAGAUUACACAGAUCUUCGCAUAGAGAAGAAAAAGAGAGAGCUCUUUGUGUAACACCUCCUACAUCCUUCGACCACACAGAUAUCUACGAUAUUGGCGCGACUACCAUGAGGAUGUCUCUGCUGUCCAGGCCGAACGCUUCUUCACGAAGCUCAUCGAGAAAGAGGUUCUUUGGUGGGGGUUCCAUGGAAGAGGAGGAGAGGACUGCGAAGGGCGAUGAUGUAAUUGUUGACUUAGAUGCAAAAUUGGAAGAUCUAUACAUGGGAGGUACAAUGAAGCUGGUUGGAGCUGUAGUUUUCAGGGUUGCUAUUCCUCACCCUGCUCCCCAUGGCCUCUUCCAUCCUCCAAUAUGUUCCCUUUUACUGGGGCUUGUAUGCAUGAUGACAAGCAAGGGCAAUUGGGGUAAGCAACUUCUUUGCAUGACCUACUCACAUAUGCAACGGUGUCUCCUGCUGUAAAUCACGUGGAGUGUGUCACCUGAAUAGCAGCAACGACACUUCACAACUUCCGCAAAUCUACGGGUCUGCACCUCUCGGUUUGGAGGGAGAAAAACUUAUAAAGCUUGUCUCUGGGAAGAGACGCUGCAAUUGCAGAAAUAAGAUCCAUCAGUGACAAAUUGGUCCUGGGAUGUUCCAACAGAUGACUGAACUGGUGAAUUAAUGGCUCAAGUGACUUUACAGAGAAAGGUUUUGUGGAGAUGGUUAUGAUGAUUAAUUCCACACUCAUGAAAGCAAUAGCAACAACAUUUUGCCAGGAAUGCCAAAAUGUCAAAUACGUAAUGGAGGGAUUCUUCAUCUCAGUGGAUAUUGAGAAGGGGAUGCAAGAUGGGCAGGUAAGAUGGAUAGUGAAGUUUAUAUUUACAACAUCUUUUCCUGAUGGAAAUCUUGUGCUUCAUAUCACUCUCCCAGAAUGGUAGCCCGUCUAACUUUACACUUAUGUAUACCUAUUUGAUGCCGAACGGCCAAAGACUAAAUGCUGCUAGUUCUUUGGUUCCACAAUUUAAUAUGAGCCCAUCAUUCCCUCAUAUCAUAAAAGAUUUUCAAUAACUCUCCCACUGCUACAUCCGUACCUUAUGUGAUUCUCUUCCUUUUCAUCCUUAAGAAUGAUAGUUCUGUUCAUGUUACAGGAGGUGUUCUAUGAUGAUGGUGAGCCUAUAAUAGAUGGGGAGCCAGGAGAUUUGAGAGCGAGUCUUUUGACACUUAUUCUGUGAUUUCCUUUGCAUAUUGAACUUUUGCAGGCAUUAACUCAUGAUAUUUUGCACUUCCGCAUUCAGACCGCACCCCAUGACAUCUUCAGAAGGGAAGGCAAUGACUUGCACACAACUGUCACCAUUACCCUAGCAAGUAAUUAUGUCAAAAAAAACCACUUUCUUUUUUCUUAUUUAACAAAGGAUAGGCUUACCAAAUCAGUGAUGUACUCCACAACAAUAUCCUCUACCAGUGCAACAAUUUCUGGAAGCGGCUGAAAAAUGCAACAUGGUUCAUGUUCAAGUUGCAUUAGACAAAGACGUAUAAUCCACAUUCAUAAUUUUAAUA